AACUUCACUCAGUUUGUUCCCGAGCGGAGCGCGUUCCUCCCUCGGGUCCCGGACCACGCUGAGCACGCGCACGGAGCGGAUCGGGUCGUGGCGGGUCUCCAGGGUUCGGAUCUUUCCCGCUUUUUGUUUUUCUGCCUGAAGUGGAGCUCGCGCGACUCUCAGCUCCGCGGAGCAUCCGUGCGUAAAUCUGCGCGCCUGGAAACUCCGUGGGAUGACGCACGCGCUCACCGAUCGAUUGUUUGACUGAUUGAUUGACGGACACGCUGUCCGAGACUCGCCAUGGACCUCGUUCAACUGAUGAUGAUGAUGGUGAUGGUGAUGAUGAAGGUCAGUGUCGGGACCGACUUCAGACAAACUGGGAGAGAACAAAGAGCGCGCAGUCAGCCUGAGAUGUCUGACAGCAGCAGAUCGAUGGAAGUGUUCGGGGACCGAGCAGCAAGAAGCAAACGCUAUGCCAUCAACCCUCUGGGACACAAGUGGACUCACCACAACGUCACGUACAGGAUCAUCCAGUUCCCCAACACCCUGAAUGUGGAGGACACCAGGAAGGCCAUCGGCAUCGCCUUCACAAAGUGGAGUGACGUGUCUCCGCUGACCUUCACCGAGGUUACUGACGGCAACGCUACUGCUGACAUCACCAUCGGUUUCUACACCUUCAACCACACGGACUGCUGGUGGUCUCCUCUCCACCCGUGUUUCGAUGGGCUGAACGGCGAGCUGGCGCACGCCUUCCUGCCACCACGGGGAGAAAUUCACUUUGACAACCACGAGUUCUGGAUCCUCGGGAAGUCCCGCUUUAGCUGGAAACAAGGAGUCUGGCUGAACGACCUGGUCCAGGUGGCGGCACACGAGAUCGGCCACGCUCUGGGUUUGUGGCACUCCAGAGACCCUCAGGCUCUGAUGCAUCCCAAUGCCACCUACACCGGACAGAGGAACAUCGCCCAGGACGACGUGUGGGGCAUCCAGAGACUCUACGGUUGUCUGGAUAAGAAGCGAGUCUGCGACCCGUGGGCUCGGCUCGGCUUCUGCGAGCGAAGGAAGACGUUCAUGAAGAAGAACUGUCCUCAGCGCUGUGAUUUCUGCUACGAGCCUCUGGAGGUGGUCACCACAGCAACGCCGCCGGCAGCCAACACGAAGAUCAAGAUGGUUCCUCGGGGGAAGGUGGUGGGUUUCCGGUGUGGGACAAAAAACACCCGCUCCCCCCCCAAAGUCAGUUGGUACAAAGAUGGCGAGCAGAUCCUCUCAUCCAUUCCAGGGUACAUCGUCAUGAAGGACCGAGACCUGCGCAUUGUCGCCAACGAGUUCAACGAAGGCGUUUAUACCUGCCGUGUCCAUCGCCGUGGCGACAUCGUCUCUGCAAACUCCUGGGCCAUCCGACUGAAGCCGGAGCAGCCAUCCAACAGCUGAAGACGACAGACAGGUGACCCGACAGGAAGCGUGGUGUCUGUGGACUUUUUUCCUGACCUCAAUGGACUUUAAAGAUUAAAGAACAACGAACCAUUGGCAGCUCUGUGAUGUCACGGCGCCCCCUUCUCAUGACUGCGAAUGACAUCACAAUGUGUAAAGUGGUGACUGAGCUGAGUGGAUGGCGUUUUGGUGAUGAGCAGCCUGCUGCUCAUCGUACGUGAGAAUAUUUCUAUACCCCGUAGGAACCGCAGCUUUUGACCCCGCCCACUUUAGUUGCAGUGUUUGAGUUAGUUACUUAGCAACGACAGUCAUGUAAUCCCUCUUUGGCCUUUGACCUUUGCUUAGACUUGUAUCCUGUCAGACGCUGUUCCUCUGUCCUCCAUCAUGGGAAAGCUGUUUCACAUCUUUGUGCACUUCCUGUUUCCCCCGCCCCGCCUGUCCUGACCGCCACGGUUUGACUGCUGGACUGAAGCAGAGCAGCUUUGCAUGAUUCACAGUUCAGACUAAUCCCGCCUCACAAACAGUAGACCAGGCAGUUCAGCAGAGUGGGUCUGAUGUCAUCGUCCGUCCACUGGAGGACAGAAGAACCCGUAGGACAGGAGGCAGCACUCUGGAUGCGAGUGAUGGAUGCUACGACAGGUGUGAGUCCUUCACUCAGUAAACUGGCGGUGUCCUCUUUCUGUCCUUAAUGUGUGACAUAUGUUUGUUAUUUUGUUAAAAAUUACAGAA